AUGACUCCACCCACUUCUCUAAACGAAAAACCUAGCGCCCAGGCGUCUUCGGGCACUCAAAGCACGCCUCCGAAGAAUCGAUCUAACUCCAAUCCGCUGGAAGCUCGCAAAGUCGGCUACAAGGAGGCAAGGAAUAUCAUGGAAGUCGAACUGAGAGGUCACUGGGUGGGGCCGAUGCCCUACAAUGAGUUCAUGGAAAAGUUCAUGAGCACUGACGAUCCCGCUCCCGUCGGCGUCGUCGACGAAAAUUACUUCGCCACUAUCCCAACAGAACCAGAAAAUAAGAUGUAUCUCCCCUUCAAGUGGUUAAACGGGUAUCGCAAGGCGGAUACGGAGAAGAUAUCUGACGACAAGCCAACGAAUUUCGAGAAGCUGGACCUGUACAUCGAAGUCAAGACGAACGUCUUCCCGUUCUCGGAUCCCAAACCGAAUUGUAGCCCCGAAGAGCGCCAGAAGCACCAGUUUGAGAACCGUGGUGAUCUUGCGGAGGACUGUCGUGGUCAAAUCGGACUGGUGAUGGCCGAGAUAUGUGCGCGUCAGUAUCGCACUCAUUCGUUCAUGGUCUUCCUGAACCACAAGGAGGUGCGAUUUCUGUACAACGACCGCAGCGCGAUCGUCGUCACCGAAGCGAUCGACUACCGCACGGAGUCGAAGAAGCUGGCCGAGUUUUUCUGGCGAUAUUCUCGCAUGAGCGACGCGCAGCGUGGCAUGGACACCUCUGUACGCCCUUCGACCCCCGAAGAAAUUGGCAAGGCGGAAACUGCGUUGGCUCCAUACCUCCCUCGUGGCGAGACUCCCCGUCCCUACAUCACCCUCAGUGUCCCAACUGCAGAUGGGGCUGAGCGCCUGGUCGUCGGAAGAGACUGUAUGAUGGAGCCUGACUCUGUGACUGGACGUGCGACGCGGGCUUUCCCUGUGUACGACUUGAAGACGGGGAAGAUCGAGUUUCUGAAGGAUACUUGGCGAGUGGACCUUCCAGGGAUGGACAAGGAGUCCGACAUUCUCAAGGAGCUUAACGAGAAGCAGGUGCGGAACGUGCCUGUGUUCGUCGACGGCGGCGACGUUCUUGGAUCGCGCCAGACUACUGUCUCGCAUGAGUUCGAGAAUGCGUCCUGGCGUGCAGGACGUCUUGCGGUCCUCGUUCCUCGAGCCCAUAAUCGAUUCCUGGAGAACUUUAUUGGGAAGCGUCUUUCGAAAUUCACAAACGCAAGGCAGUUCCUUAUAAUUGUGAUGCACGCUAUUGAAGCUCAUCACGAUGCUCUCUAUCUUUGCGGCUUCCUCCAUCGCGACAUCAGCGACAACAACAUCAUGAUCACCAACGGUGGUCGUGGUAUCCUCGGCGACUGGGAUAUGGCCAAGAGGGUUGGUAUUCCUGGACAGAAGCCUCCUGACCCAAUUCCAGGUGCUAGGCACACCUAUCGAACGGGAACCUGGUACUUCAUGUCAGGCCUUCUUCUCAUGAAUCCAUACAAGCUACACACCCUUCAGGAUGACUUGGAAUCAUUCUUCCACGUCAUCCUUUACUACUCCCUUCAGUACCUUCCACAUAACAAACAACUCGAUGAGGUCCAAUACGUCAUCACCGAUAUCUUCAAGCAAUGCCGAUACCAGACUUUUACUGGCCUAUACAUCGGUGGGACGGGAAAGCAAAGCAUGCUAUUGUUCCCGACCUCUGUCGGUGCCCUCACAUUGACGGACAACGAACCCUUGACUGAAUGGAUUCUCUCGGCCCAGGCGGCCCUGAAAUCAUUCUACUUGUAUGUCUGCACCGUAUCGGACAGUCACCCAGGCGCCGGAAAUUCCCCCGCCAUCUUCCCUCCUGAUGCGCAUAAGCUAGCGGACCACACCUACUUCCUACACCUGUGUGCAACUGCCCUUGCGGUACCUGACGCAGCAUGGCCGGACAACCGCAACCUCGAGAUGUUGGUUCCUCAUCUUCCAAUCAAGACAACCAAAAGAGUACCAGUGCUCAAACGCACGGCCGACGGCGAGCCUGCUAGUGAUGACCUGCCGGCGCCGAAGAAAGGUAGAGCGACCGGUUCUGAACUGGAUGUUGCGCAUAAGCCACCUUAUAUCGUUUUACAGAUCCUUGUUCGUCUAGGUUUCAAUCCAUUAAUUUCCAACUCGUAA